GAACCAAUCAAGUCGAAAUAGUGAGUCCUAAAUGUGACUUUUGAUUCUCGAAUCCAAAUCGAAGCUUAUUCGAACUUUGUUUUUUUGGUGAAUAAAGAUGGCCUUAUUAAGUACUCUUAAAGUUUUGGCUCGAAAUGGUGUGAUUCGUGAUUGUCAAAAAAUAUCGGUUAGAUUCAGUGGUCAUGGACAUAAAAUGCACAUCCAGCCAUCACAAUUUGUUUGGAAAACAUUCAAAGAUUAUCUUCAUUUCUAUUUUAUGCUUGGUGCCAUUCCAUUGGCUUUAAUCACUGCUUAUGCUAACAUUUUUAUUGGAGACGCUGAAUUGACCGAUAUUCCUGAAGGAUAUACACCUCAUCAUUGGGAAUAUUAUAAGCAUCCAAUUACAAGAUUUUUGGCCAAGAAUGUUUUGCAGGAUCGUGCACUAGCUUACGAAUCAAGUGUUUCGAAAAUGGCCGAAGAUUCUGAAAGAAUGUUAUUGCAUAGACUCAAAAAACAAAUCAAAGUAAUGAUGGCUGAAAAAGCUGACAACAAAGCAUAUUUCUAUUCAGAAGUUGAUCCAUCACAGAAUCGUUGGUUAUUGGACAAAUUCCGUACGUUUUCAUUCAAAAAUGAAGGCAUAUCCGAUUUAGGAGAUCUUGAUGAUUAAAUUGUGUUUAGAUUAUUAUUAUUAUUAAAGAGAAAAAAAAUAACCUUUUUU